AUGAGUCCAUCUACGCAGGCCUCAGGUAUACCAAAGGAAAUGGAGUUUGACCAAGUCAAUUUUGAAGUCGAUGAAAAACAAGGCAUCAUUCCGCCAUACGAACAAGAUGCCUUUGGCAAUGAAGAUUCUGCAGAAGUUAAAUACAAAGUCUUGAAGUGGUGGCAAUGCGGUCUGCUCAUGGUUGCAGAAACAGUAUCUUUGGGUGUUCUUUCUCUCCCUGCUGCUGUUGCAACGAUGGGUCUUGUUCCCUCUAUCAUUGUUCUGCUUGGCUUGGGAGUGAUUACAACCUACACAGGAUACAUCAUGGGCCAAAUGAAGUUGAGAUUUCCUCAAAUUACCACCAUGGCCGACGCUGGUGAAGUGAUUGCAGGCAAGUUCGGCCGCGAAUUUGUUGGUGCUUGCUGGAUCAUCUUCUUCAUUUUCAUCAUGGCCAGUCACCUCUUGACUUUUACCGUCGCAAUGAACACCAUUACGGAUCAUGGAACGUGCACAAUUGUGUUCGGAAUUGUUGGAAUGGUUAUCUCAUUCGUCUGCUCUCUCCCACGAACCCUUGAAAAAAUGUCCUGGUUGUCUCUCGUCUCAUUUUUCAGCAUUUUGACGGCUGUACUCAUCACUAUGAUUGCCCUGGGUAUUGAGAAACCUGGCUCUGGUGUGGUCGCUAUCGCAAACACCAACCUCUACCACGGGUUUACCGCAGUGACCAAUAUUGUCUUUGCUUUCUGCAGUCACGGUGCUUUCUUCGGUCUGAUGGCUGAGCUCCGCAACCCACGCGACUUCACCAAGUCUCUUUGCUUGCUUCAGGGAAUCGACGUCUCUCUCUACUUGGUUGCGGCUGUUGUGAUUUACCGGUAUGCUGGAGAUGAUGUAACCUCACCGGCCUUGGGUUCUGCUUCGCCUAUUGUCUCCAAAAUUGCUUAUGGUAUCGCUCUGCCAACAAUUGUCAUUGCUGGCGUCAUCAAUGGCCAUGUCGCUUUUAAAUACGUCUAUGUGCGUAUCUUCCGUGGGACAGACCGUAUGCACAAGCGCGAUUUCAUUGCCAUCAGCUCUUGGGUUGGUAUUGCCCUUGCCAUGUGGAUUCUUGCAUGGAUCAUUGCUUCUGCUAUCCCGGUCUUCAGCAACCUGUUGAGUUUAAUUACUGCUCUCUUCGCUAGCUGGUUCUCCUUUGGCUUUCCCUCCAUUCUCUGGUUUUUCAUGAACAAAGGCGUAUAUUUCUCGUCACCCCGGAAAAUUACGCUGACGAUUGUCAACUUCAUUAUCAUUUGCAUUGCGUUCGCCCUUUGUGGAAUGGGUCUUUGGGUGUCUGGAAAAGCCAUCCAUGAUAACCCGAGCAGCGCGAGCUUUUCUUGUGCGAAUAAUGCUUGA